AAGAAAAUGAAAAACCAAAACUUGACGUAUUCACCGAUUCAUUUCAUUUCCAAUUAGAUCUGAGACGUUUGAAUUGAAUUUGAACUUACUUUAGGGUUCUACAUAGAUAAGUUGAUUGAUUUGUAGAGCCCUAGGGUUUUGUUUAUACUUUUUUCUUUUUCUUUUUUUGAGGAUGGCGAGGGUUUACGAGAAUUGGGAGAGGCUGGUGCGAGCUACGUUACGGAGGGAGCAGCUCCGGCAGACCGGUCCCGGACACGGGAGGACACCUAGUGGCAUCGCAGGUUCCGUUCCCGAUUCGCUUCAGCGAACUACCAACAUUAAUGCGAUUCUUCAAGCGGCUGAUGAGAUACAGGAUGAAGAUCCCAAUGUCGCCAGAAUUUUAUGUGAGCAGGCAUAUUCAAUGGCACAAAAUUUGGAUCCCAACAGCGAUGGUCGAGGUGUUCUUCAAUUUAAAACCGGAUUAAUGUCUGUUAUUAAGCAAAAACUUGCCAAAAAGGAAGGGGCUCGGAUAGACCGUAAUCGUGACAUGGAACGCUUAUGGGAAUUUUAUCAGCAAUACAAAAGGCAGCACAAAGUGGACGAUAUUCAAAGAGAGGAGCAAAAAUGGCGUGAAUCUGGAGCAGUUAGUGCAAAUUUAGGAGAGUUGGGACUUAGAUUUUCAGAAAUGAGAAAGGUAUUCGCUACCUUGAGGGCUGUGGUUGAAGUGAUGGAGUCUCUGAGUAAAGAUGCAGCUCCUGAUGGUGUGGGAAGGCUUAUAAUGGAGGAGUUGAAAAGGAUCAAGAAAUCUGAUGCUACUUUAUCGGGGGAACUUGCACCAUACAAUAUUGUUCCUCUAGAGGCACCAUCAUUGACCAAUGCAAUUGGUUUCUUCCCAGAGGUUCUGGGUGCCAUGUCAGCAGUUAAGUACACUGAGCAGUUCCCUCAGCUUCCCGCUGAUUUUGAGAUUCCUGGACAGCGGGAUAUGGAUAUGUUUGAUCUUUUAGAAUAUGUCUUUGGCUUUCAGAAAGACAAUGUAAGGAACCAGCGCGAGAAUGUCAUCCUCAUUGUUGCAAAUGCCCAGUCACAACUUGGGAUACCUGUUGAGGCAGAUCCAACAAUAGAUGAGAAGGUUAUCACAGAGGUGUUUCUGAAGGUCUUGGAUAAUUACAUCAAGUGGUGUAGAUACUUGCGAAUUCGGCUUGUGUGGAAUAAAUUAGAAGCCAUUAACAGGGACAGAAAGCUUUUUCUUGUUUCACUCUACUUCUGCAUAUGGGGUGAAGCUGCAAAUGUCCGUUUCCUUCCUGAAUGCAUCUGCUACAUAUUCCACCAUAUGGCUAGAGAAUUAGAUGCUAUUUUGGAUCAUGGAGAAGCCAGUCCAGCCACGAGUUGUGUGGGCGCGAAUCAGUCUGUGUCUUUUCUGGAACAAAUUAUUCGUCCUAUAUAUGAUACAAUAGUAUCGGAAGCUGCAAGAAACAAUAAUGGGAAAGCUGCGCACUCAAAGUGGCGGAAUUAUGAUGAUUUUAAUGAAUAUUUCUGGUCACCUGCUUGCUUUGAGUUGGGUUGGCCUUUUAAGAAGGAUUCCUCAUUCUUGCGGAAGCCUCCUAAGAAAGGCAAAAGGACUGGAAAAAGCACAUUUGUUGAGCAUCGGACUUUCCUUCACUUGUACCGAAGUUUUCAUCGUUUGUGGAUCUUUUUGGUUGUCAUGUUCCAGGCAUUAACAAUCAUAGCCUUCAGCCAUGAGAAAAUCAAUCUGGACACUUUCAAGAAACUGCUCAGUGUUGGCCCUACAUUUGCCGUUAUGAAUUUCAUAGAGAGUUUGUUGGAUGUGCUUCUCAUGUUUGGGGCCUACAGUACUGCGAGAGGAAUGGCUAUAUCAAGGAUUGUUAUCAGGUUUUUCUGGACCGGUGUGAGCUCAGCAUUUGUAAUAUAUGUCUAUCUGAAACUUUUAGAAGAGAGGGAUACAAACAAAGACCCUUUUUAUUUCCGCCUUUAUAUCCUGGUUCUGGGUGUUUAUGCUGGCAUACGAAUAGUUUUUGCGCUCCUGAUGAAGCUACCUGCCUGUCACAAGCUAUCGGAAAUGUCUGAUCAAUCUUUUUUCCAAUUUUUUAAGUGGAUCUAUCAGGAGAGAUACUUUGUUGGCCGUGGUCUUGUUGAGAAAACAACUGACUAUUUAAGUUACUUCAGUCGCCAUUGGUACACAACAAGAAAAUACAAGUAUAAUAACACACUGGAGAUGUGAAUUUGUGGUACUGACUAUGGUUAUUGUUGUAGUUGUGAUUCCCAAUCCUUUAUGUAAUCUGUAUCUAAGUUUCAACUAACUACUUGAGACUCGGGUGUGGAUGUACGAGACGAGUGCAAAUUUUGUGUAAUCAAAAGCAAAA